AAAACUUACCAGUAGCAUACCGUUGAAAUUUGGUACCGGUGUUUUCAAGAUUUUGUCAAAAGUCAAAAUUUGGUUGGUAAUUUUCUGAAAAAGAAAACAACAAAAACGAGAAUAUUUAAACAACCAACACCGAUGUAAAUAGACGAAGAUGCUAGAGGAAAAUAGAUUUUUAUAUUUACACAAAAUAUAAUAGUUUACAGUUUUGAAUCGUUAUGGAGGAUACUUUGAGUGCAGAAUCAAUUGAAUCAUUGCCGACAAGUGAGGAGUUUGAAUUUCUGUCCGAUAAACCGGGAGCUAGCAAGACGCCAACAUUAUCUUUUGCCGGAGGCCUUAACGAAUUAAGAGAAGCUUUAAGAGAGGUCCUUCAAGAACCACUUACAAUGGACGAUGCCGUAGACGGUGCUCAGUUCGUCAAAAAAGUGGGUCAGUCUACUUUUUAUAGCACCCCUAUAACUUUAGGGCAAGACCCGCUGACUCAGGAGUUAAGUCCGACAGAAAAACAGGAUUCAAUGAAGACGGAUAACAGCUCUGAGAAUGAAGAGGAAGCUAACAUUUCAGAUGUGGACCAGGACUGCACGAUAUUCGCCGGCGUGACCUAUUUGGGUGCCGCCCAAAUCAACGCGCCCAAAUCCGAGGCGGAAAUCCACCGCAACAUGGCCAUCCUCAACGAGCAGAGCGUCGACCAGGGCAUAAAGGUGUCCGUGUCAGUGCCGUUGUCCAGUCAGGGGCUCGUGGUCCUGUACGACGCCUUGACAAACUCCGUGAUCUCACGCUACGAGAUCCACCGAAUCAUGUUCUACGCUAGGGGCUCCGUCGAUAGCAAGGAGGCUAGUUGUUUUGCAUUUACCUGGUCCCAUGGAGAAACGCAAGAAUCGGCCAUGUUCCAGUGCCAUAUCUUUCGGUGCGACAUUGUAGAAGCAGUCUCAAGAGUGUCGGCCUGUUUUGCCAAAGCAUUUCAAAGGGUACCAAGGUCCAUGAGCAGCAGCGUUACCUCGGUAAACGGUGAUAUUAUGUCUGGCUCUAUAAUCACUCUCCCAGAGGCGAGAACACUGAUGCACGUAUUCGAAGUUAAUCUAGAAAUAAAAGAAGAGGAUGGAAAGGGUUCGUAUUCCACCGUCGGCAAGGAUAAGAACGGUUUUCGAUUGAAGACUAAUUUAGAAAAAAGGCUGUUUAUAGCUAUAAAGCAAGUGUCAGACGUUGGCCCUCUGUUGGUCAUCGAAAGAUGCUUUGGAGUGCUCAUAGCUGCUGGUCGGCAUGUACGUCAUUCAGACAUGCAGCUUCUCGAAAUGAAAGAACAAAAAGGUCACUCAAGUGACAAUUGCACGACUAUCGAUGCCACAUGGGACCCAACUGAAGAAAAUUUUGAACAACUGAACGUCGAGACUCAGAAGGAAAUCAAACAAUACAUGACAAUUGCCAUAGACCUUGUUAUUAGAGGCAUACAAGAACCAGUCAGGUUCUUGAUUGAAACACCUGUUAGAAUCUUUGGACAGAACGAGAGGAAUUUUUGGUACUUUCAAAAGAAAUCUUUGGUGCAACAAUUUUAUCUUAAUUUAAAGGAGAACGUUGUCGGAGAACACGAGAUCAUCUACGAAGUGUUGAGCAUGGAGACCUCCGGGGAAAUCGACAAGAACUUACUGAACCUCAACUUGAACCUGUCCAGCCUUAUCCAAUCGCCCAGUAUUACUUCUAUAGAUAACUUGACACCGAAGGAGGAAUAUCAAUCAGACGGCGAUGAACCCCUACUGAGUGGGACUGGCUUAGUCUCAAAAGACUGCUCUGAAGAUAUUUUGGAAUCGUGGGCGGAGAUUUUGACCAAAUGGAAGCAGACUCAUCAGAAACCUAAGCAGCUUGCCAGCUUAGUGAAAUUGGGAAUUCCCGAAGCCUUAAGAGGUGAAGUUUGGCAACGUCUAGCGGGUGUCGAGGAAAACACCGAUAUGAUGGACAAAUACAGGGUUUUAAUAACUAAGGAAUCAAGCUGCGAAAACGUAAUUCAACGUGACAUAGCUCGAACCUUUCCUGCUCACGACUUUUUCAAGGAAGCAGGUGGACUGGGUCAAGAUUCCUUGUACAGGGUGAGCAAAGCAUACGCCGUCUACGAUUCCGAAGUGGGGUAUUGUCAGGGACUUAGUUUUUUGGCUGCUACGCUUUUAUUGCACAUGCCAGAAGAACAAGCUUUUUGUGUUUUGGUCAAGCUCAUGUACGAUUACAAACUUAGAGAUCUGUACAAGGAUGGUUUUGAUAAUUUAUAUUUAAGGCUAUAUCAAUUAAAUAAGUUAAUGGAAGAACAACUUAGCUCCUUGUGGAACCAUUUCAUGGAGCAUCGAGUUGAGACUCACAUGUUCGCCUCUCAAUGGUUUUUGACUCUAUUCACUGCCAGAUUUCCCCUAUAUUUUGUGUUCCAUAUUAUUGAUGUUUUUCUUUUACAAGGAAUAGAUACACUCUUCCAAAUGGCCUUAGCCCUCCUGAUGGCCUGUAAAAAGGACCUAUUGCAGCAGGAUUUCGAAGGAAUCCUGAAAUAUUUCCGCGUAUCGCUACCUAAGAAGUGCCGAAGCGAAGAGGCCGCCAAACAGCUGAUUAAACUCGCUUGCCAUAUUAAAGUUAAGAAACUGAAGAAAUACGAAGCAGAGUUUCUCGCUGCCAAAGACGGUUGGGAAAUAAUUUCUUCGGAUUCAGAGGCCCAGUACCGCAAAGAGAGGGAGGCCAGCGAGGUGGAGAAGUUACAGGUCACCGUCCAGAGGCUGGAGGAGGAGAAGAAACUCCUCUUGGACGAGAUAACGCAGUUGAAGGAGAUACUGAAGAGAGAGGUUGAUGGUGCGGAUCAAGAAAAAAGAAACAACGCUCAAGUCGUCAACGAUUACAAGCUAGUCAGGCAGCGAUUGGACAUGCAGCUUAGUGUAGCUAGACAAGAAUUAGAAACCUUAAUGAUUAAAAUGUCAUCGUGCCCGGACUGUUCGAGUUUUCUCGAAGAAAAUAGUCAAGCGAAGAAAAACGCGGGUCUUGGAGAUCAGGCUUCGAACGAAGAGAGGAUAAGAGAGUUAGAACUAGAACUUGCGCAGACCAAACUCGCACAUGUCGAAGCCGAAUGUCGAAAUCAGAAUUUAACACAUCAACUGAGGGCAACAGAACAAGAAUUGGCAAAACAUAGUUGGGCACCGUGGAUGAGCAAGGCCAUUAAUUCAUUCAAAGAGUGAUAUCUAUGUAGAUGUAAACCACACGAAUUGCAUGGGCAGGCAUAUAUCUUUGCAUGAUUAUAGCAGGUAGAAUCACCCUUAGAUAUCUCGGAUCUUUUAUUUAGUAUGUAUAAAUAUUAAAAAUAUGGUAUGUACAACAAUCAUUGAACCUUACGUCAUCAUUACUAAUGUAACAUCCGUUUUAGGACGUAUUAGUUCAUAUUGUUUAGAAAAUUUCAAGUACGUUAUGUAUGUUUAGCGGGGUUUCCACAUGCAAGGAUUACUGGCGCCAGUUUAUUGGCGCCAUAAUUAAAUGGCGCCAUUACCCGUUUCCACAGGUCUAUAGUAAAUUUAAAACUCGCAUGUCAUUACGUUCAGUUUUAUGAGAUUUUAACACCUUGUUAUGGUCCAGGGUGUAAGCAUUCCUAAUACUUCGAAUUUUGGCCUUUGCGAAAUUUCUAAAAAAAAACAAUUCUUAAGGCUUCAACCCUUUUAUUUCGGUCCUUAUAAUCACUUAUUUUAUUGUUCCAUAAGCAAGGAUGUUGUUCGUAGGCUUCCAAGAACUUUAUUAUUAAUUCUGUAGACCACUUUUUUGAAACAAACGACAUUUUUACGACUGGAGAUGCUCGCUGUAUUGUUUAUACACAAAACUGGCGCCAAAAAGUCCAGGAGCUUUGGACUUUACUGGCACAUGAAUUAGUGGCGCCACUAAACUUGCGCCAAUCGAUUUUACAGGUUUCCACAUACAAUAAAACUGGCGCCAGUUGAAUGGCGCCAGUAAUCCUUGCAUGUGGAAACCCAGCUUAAAGUUCAACGCUUCUGUACGUUUUGGCGCCAGUUUUGUGUGUAAACAAGACAGCGAGCAUCUCCAGUCGUAAAAAUGUCGUUUGUUUCAAAAAAGUAGUCUACUGAAUUAAUAAUAAAGUUCUUGGAAGCCUACGAACAACAUCCUUGCUUAUGGAACAAUAAAAUAAGUGAUUAUAAGGACCGAAAUAAAAGGGAUAAAGCUUUAAGAAGAAUUGUUGGUGUCAUAUCUGAUUCUCUCAGCAACUUUGAUGUAAAUUUCGCAAAGGCCAAAAUUCGAAGUAUUAGGAAUGCUUACACCCUAGAGCAUAACAAGAUGUUAAAUCUCACAAAACUGAACGUAAUGACAUGCCAGUUUUAAAUUUACUAUAGACCUGUGGGAAACGGGUAAUGGCGCCAAUAAAGUGGCGAAAACUGGCGCCAGUAAUCCUUGCAUGUGGAAACCCUGCUUUUGUUUCUUAUUCAUUUUGGAUGUGUUUCAAUCCAUAAUUCGCACAUACCGGUUCUAGUAAGCAACAUUUUAGUAACAAACUUAUUUGUAUUUAGACAGAACAAUCGAUGUUUAGUUUUGACGCUGAUCGUUAUCCUUCAAUAGGAUCAUAACCUCAAAAAUAAAGAGACAGUUACUAGAAACAGACUGAAGUAAUUUACGAUAUUAUGUCGUUAUUACGUAAAACAAUAUAUGACGUAACGUUGCACGAUGGUUAUACAGGCUAUAGAAAUACUCGUAUUAGUGAAACGAAUAUACCGGGUAUGUAAUAAAGAGUUAAAUUAAUAUAUGAUUAUGAAAGGUUUAUUUGAUUACAUACCUCGUAUAUAUUCUAAACUAAUAAUUUAAUAAUUUAGGUACAUAUUUUAUGUAGCUGAAUGGUUUUUUGUUACCAGUUAUUUCAGUAACCAUAAAAAAGCAAAGAAUAUUUAAAAUUUUGUGUGCCUUUUGGUCUCCAGAGUAUGUUAGUAGUUCAAAUGAACACAUUUAUUUUUCAUUUUGUUUUACAUGUUUAUAUUACACUACAGAGUUAGUGAUGUUGAGAUGAGAUAAAAUAUUGCAUUAGUUUGAUAACGGAUGUAGAAAUAAUAUAUUCUAAAAUAUAUGGACUAAUAUUUCUGAUAUAUUUAUUUGGGUAUAUACAGGGUGCAUGCAAAUGAAUAAGUUCGAAAAAAUCAGCUACAAAUAACGGUUCUUUUUCAUAUAAAAUAAAAAAAAUUAAAGAAGAAACCACUUCAUCAACUUUUUCGCAUUUUUUCAUUUUCACUCUGUAUAAUUUUCUAAUGAUUAAAGUAUAUACGAGUCGACUAUAUGUAUGUAUAGAAAUCAUAUAAAGAAACAUAUGACUAACCAAAUAAGAAGUGUUUCUUAGAAAAUACCUUUUGUUUAUACUCUAUAGUAUUUUUUUGUACAUAGUUCUCUCUAUUAUAAGAUUGGAUGAUGUACUUUGGAAAAAAGUCAGAACGAAUAUUUUAUAUUCAUAUUUAUAAUUUAGAGACCGAUCUGACUUUUAUCAGCCUAGCUAAAUAAGCUACGUAGCCAUGUUUUUUAUUUCUAGUGAUAUAUAGAGUUUAAUUUUUUGUGAUAGUUUAAGAUAUUUGUGUAUUAUUAACAAUGUUGAUUACACGUAUACAAACAAGAUUCUUUAAUGCACUUUU